CUCCUCAUCUCGAUUCUCUCAUACCUCCCCACAGAAACUCUCGUGCCGCUCAUCAUGGUCAGCCACCGCUUCUACGCGGCCACGAUCCGGAUCCUCAAGGACCGGCUCAACCGCGCCACCUCCCGGCCGGACCAGCGCCUGAUGCUCGAGUGCUACCACCCGACCGAGAAGCUCUACACGCCGUACCUCUACUGCAACUACCUGUACACGGACAGCUUUGACGCCGUCGAAGCCGCGGCCGAGGGCGCCGCGCCGCGACUGCGCUCCUCCGUGGGAAGGACCACCACCGACGCCGGUGGUGGAGGUGGUGGUGCUGGUGGUGGCCUGCGGGGCAUCUACUCGCAUUUUCGGCCGGUGAGCCACGACGAGACCGCGCCGCGCAGCAGCAGCAGGGCGCGGGCGCGCAGCAACGGCAGCGGAGGCGGCGGCGGCCGACCCGCCAUCGACAUCUACCUCGACCCGGACGAGCUCUUCUCGCAGCUGUGCGCCAUCACCAACCUGGUGCGGCUGGGGCCCAAGCCGGGCCUGUUCCGCAGCCACGUCAACGUGGUGGACGGGCUGGCGCGCGUGUGGCGCGGCUGGUUGGCUGCGGAGGCGGCGACGGCGACGGCUACGGCGACGGGGGCGGGGGCGGCAGCGGCAGCCGGGGGAGCCGGAGCCGGGGUAAGCGGCCAGCACGAAUCGGUCUUGUGGACCGACGCAGCGCGUGACGUCGGGCUGCGCUUCCGCGUCGCGGAGAAGGACAUCCGCGCGGAGCAUCCCGUGCUGGUGGCCAGCGACGAGGAGCUGCCGGUCGCGUACCGGCUGGAGUUCGAGGAGCUCCUGCUGCGCAGCACCACGCUGCUGGCCAUGGUGGAGAAGUCGGAGGUGCAGGUCGUCGCGGCCGAAGGGAAGGCCAUCGUGCUUGCGUCGUUCUGA